AUGGCAAGAAAAUUAGCGAAAACAUCAUCAUCAAAUAUUCCAUCGGAGAUCAUCGAAAUUAUCCUAUCAAAAUUAUCAUCAGUUAAAUCUCUUCUUCGAUUCAAAACAGUAUCAAAGUCAUGGAAUAUUAUAAUCUCCGAUCCUUUAUUCAUCCAAAAUCAUCUCCAUUCCUCGAAUAGCUCUCCUAAUAAUAACCUCUUCCUAAGUAAGUAUCCAAAUAGUACUGAUAGAGGGUUUCCUCUGGUCAAAUUCGAACGUGGAAAAUUCCACGCCGGAGGAAUAUUCGAGGAGAAUAUUCCCAAUGGCUACAACUUAAUCUUACGCGAAUGUAAUGGCGUGCUACUCUUGGCCAGAAGACUCUCCGGUUGGAACAAAUUCGACAAAUACGCACUGUGGAAUCCAUCAACUCGUUGGCAGAGGUAUAUCGAAACACCAUAUGAUUUUAGUGAAUAUUACGUAGUUGAUCAUGGGAUUUGUUAUGACAAAAUAGCCGGCGAUUUCAAGGUUGUCUUUAUUUUUGUAACGAAGUAUGCAAUUUAUUCGUGUAAUAACGAUUCUUGGACGGAAAAGAAAUUAGGAGCAAAAUGCCACGACAUUGGUUUCACAGAUUCAGGUAUCUUCGUUGAUGGAGCUAUCUAUUGGAUUUUGGGCGUCCAGAGCACAAAUAUUUCAGGUAGACAAUUAUUGUAUUUCGAUCCAAGAACCGACGAGAUCAAGAGGUUGCAAAAGCCCGAACAACUAAGUAAUUGUAACGAAUUUAUUUUAAUUAACAUGACUUGUUUGAGAGGAAGCCUAUGUUUGUACUGCUACAAGUACAACAAAGAAGAGAAAAGUUUUAAUAUCUGGAUAAAGGAAAAGGGCAUUGAUGUGGCGGAAAAUAAUGUUGUCAUAAAAGAACAGAGUAUAAGAUUUGUAUGCUAUAGCCCUACCGACGACAAGACGGUCAAAGAGUUUGAAGUCUUUGCUGUACAUUGCGGUAGAUACAUUCCAUAUCGGAAUAGUCUCUAUUUCCCGGCUGGUGUCAAGACCAAGACGAUUAAAGCUUAG